AUGUCUGCCGCAGGGUUUUCCCAUGGCACCGCCUCCUCCCUCUCAAUGCACGCCUUUGCUGACCACAGUCUGCAGAUGCCGACUGGGAUGGCGCUGACCUUCUCGAACGCCGCUGGCGCCGCCGGCAACAGCAGCUUCCGCACGACCUACUGCUGCAACCGCACUAGUACUACCAGUACUGAGACAGUAUCACUCAACCCUGGCCUCGGUGGUGGUGACGGCCCCGGCUCGAGCAGCGUCAGCGCGGCGGGGCUGCCGCUCUCACGCGGUGCGCUGCCCCACCACAACCCACACCACCAGCACCGCUACUCGCAAGAAGGUGCUGCUGGUAUGGCCCGCAUACGCAGCACCGGCAGUUUACAGGCGGAGAGGGUCACGAGAGAGGCUGCGGCCAUGAGCGCCAGCGGUGCGGCUCCUCAUUCGAGGGCAGUGAACCGCAACAGCGCUUGGCAUCGCCGCCGCUACGCCAGCCCGCAACAGCAACAGUGCCUUCGCUGGACAGAGACCAUGGCGCGAGUUGGGACCGGGGCAACAAUGGCCGGCGGUCGUUGUGCUGCUGCGAGUCCGGCUUGCCUGGUACCCGAUACUUCCGUGUUCCUGCCCUGGGCCCCGCUCACCAUCACACCUGAGGGCUCCGUUAACCUGGGCGGGUGUGAGGAGACUCGCUGUCGCGGCGGCGCUGCUGCGGCCACCGGCGCGCCGGCGUCCUGUGUGCCGAUGACGCUAAUGCCAUUCACCAGUUCCGCGGAGACGAGCACGAUGACCACGUCGACGACUACGACCAUGGCUACGACCAUCACUGCGCGCGACGCGGCGUUCUCUUCCGAGACGCUUCGAACGCUGAACACUGCCGUGGCGGCAGCGAUGGAGGGGACCGUGAACGAGUUCCAGGCAUAUGUCUAUGCCGCAUCGACAACUGCAGAGGCGGAGGCGGAUACACAGGCGCUGGACGUGGCUUCGCCAGCGCCAUCGGCGCCCUCUUCCCCUCGCGCCCCCAAGAAAGAUGGCGAUGCUCAAAAGGAGAAUGACGCCGCAUCUUUUCGGUCGACCUUCGACCCCGCCAGGGAUGCGUUUGCCGCCGGCAGUGUGUGGAGGUCGAAGUCGAGCGUCGCAACGAGGCCGCUCGGAUGCUGGGAAGGCUCGGCGGCGAACAUGGAAGUGCGGUUGUCCAGCAAGGCACGCUCUCCAUCCCUCCCGGUCCAGCCAGAGGACGUUUCUCUUCCUGGUCAGUAG